AUGACGGUCGAAGUCGUGGAUGAAGGCAGGAAUGGAGGAAGGACGGCAGGCCCGACGAACGACUUACAUUCCUCGGCAAUGGCUGCCGACGCAACACCAGCCGACCACAUGCGAUCAGAUGCAAAUUCGCCCUCACCACGGCGCAUAUUACCAGGACUCGCGGCAUUCACAGUAUCCAGGAAAGCUUCGCCCGUGGCAGCGGAUCCUCUUCUCCAGCAUGACGCCUCGCCAUCAAUGCGAAAUGUAAAGCUUUCGUUCUGGCAACGACAUUUCACCAGACCUGUUGACCUGGAACUCGAGAAGGAAGGCAGUCCGCAGAAGAGACGCUUUGUCUUCUCCUCGCGUGGAGCAAUUUUCACCGGCAUUAUAAUGCUGUUAUUACUACUAGGGGUGGUAGCGGCAGCUGUUGCCGUGACCAUGCAUGCUCGUUACGAAGAAGCACAUGAGCCAUCUCCGAUACGGGCGGCGCUCGACGAUAAUUUUCCGGAUCCUGCACUGUGGCAUUUCGAUGGCACAUACUACGCAUUCGCUACCAACAAUGCUGCUGGCAUCCUUCAGCGUCCAAACAAUAGCUCAAGCUACGACUAUGGUGUUUCCAACAUACAGAUUGCCACCUCGCAAAACUUCAUAAAUUGGACGUUGCUCAAUUCAACUCACGACCCGCUACCUCAUACUGGCGAUUGGGUCGCUCAGGGUCUGACGAAAGGUCCACCACGGAUUCCGCGCGCGAAUGUGUGGGCACCAGAUGUUAUACGCCGCCCGAGCGAUAAGAAAUUCGUCAUGUAUUAUUCUGCCAACCGCGUGAACGCCACAGCUCCUGGUGGUCCACAUCCUCCGACCCAUUGUAUUGGAGCCGCUGUCUCCGCGAGCGACUCGCCCGCUGGUCCUUACAAGGCCGAGAACGACACACUGGCGUGCCCUAUUGAUCAAGGUGGAGCUAUCGACCCUGGAGCUUUUAAGGACGAGGACGGGACACUAUACGUAGUCUACAAGGUGGAUGGCAACAACAUAGGCCAUGGUGGCGUGUGCGGCAACACAAAGGCGCCGAUAAUGCCAACACCGUUGAUGCUGCAGAAGAUGAAAGCCGACGGUGUGACGACCGAUGGCGCACCCGUACAAAUCAUGGAUCGUAAGGCACAAGAUGGUCCUCUUGUCGAGGCACCUGCUCUGGUACGGUCGAAAGAUGGCAUCUACUUCCUCUUCUUCUCUUCCGGCUGCACGCGUGCGCCAUCUUAUGAUAUCAAGUACGCCACGAGCAAGAACAUCAAUGGUCCGUAUACUCGUGCCGAUAGUCCCUUACUGCGGACUGGCGACUUUGGUCUACUGGCUCCGGGCUCGGCUAGCGUGCACGACGAUGGAGCUGAUGGGUACAACAUGGUCUUUCACGCUCGUGUGCAAGCGCCUCAGGGUAGGAUCCGGGCCAUGUUCACCACUAAAUUGAUUUUCAAGGGCCACACCGUGACGAUGGCAUCCGACACACAGAAGGAUGACUAA